AGAUAAGCGCUGCAGCAGUCGGAGCUGUUCGCAGUGCAGAGCAGACAGGACGCACCAUGGCACCGCUUGGACUGAAAGCCAUUGUUGGAGAAAAGAUAAUGAACAAUGUGAUUAAGAAGGCAAGAGAAAAAGGAAAAUGGAAGGUCCUGGUGGUGGACAAGCUGAGCAUGAGGAUGGUUUCAUCCUGCUGUAAGAUGACAGACAUCAUGUCAGAGGGAAUCACCAUUGUAGAAGACAUAAAUAAGCGGCGGGAGCCUCUGCCCAGCAUGGAGGCCAUCUACUUAAUCACACCAUCAGAUGAGUCUGUUGAGGGUCUGAUUGAAGACUUCAGAGACCCUCAGGCUCCGAGGUACCGAGCAGCCCAUGUCUUCUUCACUGACACGAUCCCAGACUCCCUGUUUGGACUGUUGACCAAAUCCCGCGCCUCCAAAGCCAUGAAGGCCUUGACUGAAAUCCACAUAGCCUUCCUGCCCUACGAGUCUCAGGUCUUCUCCCUGGAUAAAAUGGAUGCCUUCCAGGACUUCUACAGCCCCUUCAAAGCUGAUGUGAAGAAUAACAUGUUGGAGCGCUGUGCUGAACAGAUAGCCACCCUGUGUGCAACGCUCAAAGAGUAUCCUGGAGUCCGUUACAGAGGGUGAGAGCAAA